AUGGAUGUGGAAAGUAUUCUUGAUGAGCGAGUUGAUAAAUAUGAUCUCGAGGCAAGGUUUUACAUUGAGUCACGUGUAGAUGUUUUCCCAACUGGAUUUUUCAGAGGUUUCGUGAAGCUUAUGAAACCCAGCGUAAGCGAGGUUCUCCUAGCGCAAUUGCUACUUUUAACUACGGGACUGCUCUCAUACGAUCUACGAAAUCUGAUGUCGUUGAAGGAACUGAACUUUUGGAAAGCGAAGUUACUACGUGAAGAGCCCGAUGAUGUGAACAAAAGAGAUUACGUCUACUUCCUGGCUAUUGCUAACGCUCGCCUACGUAACUAUGAUCGAGCCCUUGCUUACAUCGACAUUUUGCUGGCUGCUGAAACCCACAAUAGGCAGGCAUCGCAGCUCCGUGAAAUCAUUGAGAAGAGGAUGAAGAAAGAUGGUCUUUUCGGACUGGCUGUCAUUGGUGGUGGUGCAGUGGUUGUGGCUGGCAUUGUGGCUGCGCUCUUUGCUGCCAGAAAGUGA